AUGGAGAAGCUGUUUGAAAUUUUCCCCAGUACAGACGCUCAGAAGGUAUCUCUGGCAGCGUUCACGUUAGACGACGACGCCCGCAGCGUCCGAGACCGAAAGACCACGGAGUUCCAGAAUCUGACACAGGGGAACAAGACAGUGGCAGAGUAUGAUCGUGCCUUUACCGAAUUAGCGAGAUAUGCGCCCCAUAUGGUUGACGACGAAUACCGAAAAGCGAGAAAGUUCGAAGGUGGGUUACGUGGACCGAUACAAGACCGGGUCAACAUGCUCAACAUGCCGACAUACGCUGGAGUACUAGACAAGGCUAUCUUAGCUGAAGCUAACUUGAACCGAUACCAGAGUUCAAGUGAGGGCCAGAGGAAGAGACAGAAUUAUGACAAUCGCCGAGUUCCGUUUAAAGCCAAGAAGAAGGUGAAUGUGGACAGUUCCAGUAACCCAAAUCAGGAUGGGAAUGCUAAGCCGUUGUGUACGAGUUGUGGGAAGCUACAUUUUGGGGUCUGCCGUUGGGCGACAGGGGCUUGCUAUGAGUGUGGCGAGAUAGGCCAUCGCGUGAAAGACUGCCCGAAAGCAAGGACCGGUGAUGGGAAGAGGAAUGGAAGCACCUCGGGCUCUGCACAGAAGAAUAACAUCGGGGGAGUACAGGCGAGGCAGGGCAGAGUUUUCGCAUUGGUGCCAGGAGACGCCCAGAAUGCUGAAGCAGUGGUGUCAGGGCGUGUGUUGUUAUGA